CUCAUUAAUGUCGUCAAACUGGAUCAGUAACACAUAAUCUAUAUAGACAGCAGAGCUGCAACAUGUUCCUCUUGCUCGUGAAUCUCUUGGUUUUACAACGAUAAGAAUAAAAAUGGCUUUGGCUGUGUGUCUGGUGAUCAUUCUUGCUGUAUCCGUGGCAUAUUGUGGCAGUCACAAAUUACAACACUAUUUAUCGAUGAUUUCGGCCCCGAUCUAUGGAAUGCCUGAGUAUUCAUUUAGGGUAUACGUGGAUGGCUUACCAGUAUUAAGAUAUAAAAGUGACGUACAAGUGGCUCAGUUUUUGGUCCCAUCACUGAAUAACCUGUCUGAGCACUUGGAGAUCCAAACGAAAGUUGCCCAAAUAUGGCAGAUUCAUCAGGAACGCAAGAUGAAGUUUCUUAUAGGGUUUUUAAACAAGACAUCCGACAGGGCUGCUGUACAUGUGUAUCAGAGGAAGUUUACCUGUGAGUUACAUGAAAACAGAACCAUUGGGGGAUACCAAGAAUUUGCACUUAAUGGCAAGGAGCUUAUAUCGUUUGAUAAAGACAGAGAAGUGUUUGUGGCGGCAACACAAGAAGCUGUGAAUAUGCUGCCCCGGUGGAACAAGGAUAUGUGUAAUCAAAUGUGGAAUAAGAUGUACCUGGAAAAUGAAUGUAUUGAACAUAUGAAGCUCUAUCUCUCUUUAAUAACAACUGACUUGAAGAAGAAAGUUAAGCCCAAAGUGAAGGUUUCCAGCUCAGAGUCAGAGAGUGGUACCAAACUGCACUGCUGGGUGUAUGGGUUCUACCCCCGAGAUGUGGAAGUGAAGUGGAUAAAGAAUGGGAGAGAUGAGAUUUACUCAGAGGAAUCAGCAGAGAUCCUGCCAAACCCUGAUGGCACCUAUCAGAUCAGAGUCAGUGUGGAGGUAACACCAGAGGAGGGCGCCACUUACUCCUGCCACGUGGAUCACAGCAGUUUGGAGAAUCCCCUUGUAACUUUUGAAAGAAAGAUUAGUCACAUGACUUACAGAAUUGUGGCUGCUGUUGCUGUGGCCAUUCUCUUUGCUCUGGCCUUGUUUUUGUGCAUAAAAAUGAAAGGUUUUGAAUGCAGCCGGCAGAGUGUGAGAACAGAGGAACAAGAUUAUAAUCAAUAACGGAUAUAUUUAAGUCCCUAUAAUGAGAAUCAUGAGUUACCCUAGCGGGAAAAGCUGAGGUUUCUUUCAUUUGUGUAAGAUGCCUGAAAGUGUUAUUAAUGGGGAAAUGUCAAGCACAAAGCUUAGUCUGUUACAUAGAGAAAUAUAGUAGAUAAUAGAAUAGAUAGUAGAGUGAGAUUUGCUUGUGGCAUGCACAAUUAUUCUAUGGUAUGCAAAUAUGUGAUAAUAAUCAAUAUAAAGGUUUGGCUUUUGUAAGUCAUCAGAGCCAAGGUUACCAAAUAAUUUAAAAAUGAUUAUUAUACAAUUCCAUCCUAUUUAAAUUAGAAGAAACAGAGCUCUUCUAGAAUGAUUUUCUAAAAUUGUCCCUUUUUACAGUAUGUGGUAACAUUUAUACAAACCAGGUCAAGUUGUUUCCUCUCUUAUUGUGUUUGUGACCACAAAAAGUUUUGGCAAGCGCAAUAAUGCAUUCUGUGUAUAAAUAAGUUUACAAUGUGCAAUGUUUGUGUUGGCAAAAUGUAUAUUGUGUCCACAACAUUAUGUUUAUGCUUUCAAAAGUAUUUUUUCUUGGUCAAGUUUCAUUUUGCUGCUUCAGUAACAUAUUAGUGUGUAGAGAAUUGAUUUUGUAAUUACGAAACAAAUUAAUUUGUGUGGACAGAAUAUUUAUUUUGUGAGACAAAAUGUUUUUGGAUCAUAGAAUGCUUUUUCCUGGGACAAAAUGAAUGUUGUUGAUUCUGAAAUGUGUUUUUUACGUCUGAAUUUCAUGUUUACAAAAUGUAUUUUGUGUUUAUAAAGUAGCAUUUAUCUUGCAUUUACUUAUAUGUAUUUAUAUGUAGUGGGCGAGAGGGAGGGCAUACUGGCAGGCCCUCGAUUUAUCCCUUCAGCCACCCUUCUAAGAUAUCAUCAUAAUGUGUCAUCUUAAUGAUCAGACUGGCCAUAGAGUUGGAAAUUACACAAAGAAUAUAUUAAGAAAGACCUAUAUUAAGAAAGGGGCUGGCAUGUUUAUUCAGCAUGACUUACAACAAUCUAACACACCGCAUAAAAACAGACUCAAUGAAUAAAAGUAUGCCAUUUUGUCGUGUAAUAAGCCAUAGCUGCCUGAAAUGUAAAGCUUUAAACUUUGUCAAAAUAAGGAUAUAAAAUGUACAGAAUAAAAAAUAUAAAAUGUACAAUUUUUUCAGCAAGUUACUGGCAAGUUACAGCUAAAAGCUGGCAAGUACAUCAAUGGGAGGUGUAUUUUCCAAAUUCAGAUUUUUACAUGAUUUUCAACAAUAGUUUUUGAAAUUCUAGAUAUUUUCAUAAAUAAGUGUACAGUUCAGAUUUUCCAGUUUUCAAGUCUUUUUGUUAAAUUUGGAAAAAAAACUAAAUUUCUUUUAUAAUUUUGAUAAUUCUGCUUUGCUGGGUGUUUAUAUGAAGGAAUCUGAAUGAGAGCUCAUUUCUUAUCAUUGUCUAUGUAUUGUUAAGUCGCUGCAUUCUAGGCUGAAGUGAGUGCCUCUCUCUCUCUCUCUCCUAUUAGUGUAGGGAUCCAAAUGUAUAGGGAAUCCGGAUAGAGAAUAGAGGUGAUCUAAGCCACUAUGGGGUUUUGAAGCUGGUUUUUCUGUGAGUCAAACGAGAAAAAUUCUGUUCUUUUUGCGAAAGUCGCAGUCUUUCCUGAUCCGAUUUUUUUUCUAAGUUUUUAUUAUUGAUAAAUAAGGGCAAAUCGUGGAUUCUAGUUUCGUUGGACUUUUUUUUAUUUAAAAAAUCACAAAAUUUGUGAUUUUGAUAAAUAACCCAUGUUCUACUACUACUUAUCUGGGAAGGCAGUUACUGAGCCCAUAAAUUGGUUACACUAUUAACACCGCUCCUAAGUAAUACUGGAUGGGUUUGAUUCCUGGCCAAUGAACAUGACUUGAUUCCAAAUUUGGGAGUGGCCCGAACCAAGACCUGUGUCCAAAUGACCACCCCUUUAAGUAACACAAGUCCUCUUUACUCUAAAAAUUCAUUGGCUGUAACACAAAUUAUCCUACAGCUCAAAAUCAGUACUAUAUACACACAUUUUUCCCGUGUCCUCAGUCCCUAGUGGGAUCAAUUUGUAGUUAUUAGGCAGUAUGCUCAGAUUUUUAUGGCCAUGGUUGGAGGUCACUUCUUAUGAGCAGAUUAUAAAAGAGACUGAAGUUUAUCAGGGCACAAAUCACAUCACUGAGUGCUCCUGGGAAACUAACAAUAUGUCUAGCCCCAU